AAGAUCCUCACAAUUCGUGAAGAUGAUCUCAAGCUUGUUAAUAUCGAGCAAAACUAUAACGAUGAUAAAUACAAGCAAGCUAUUGAAGAUUAUUUUAAAACAAGCGUUCUUGAAAAGGAAAAGACGGAUGUUGAUAAUACAUUAACAAAAAAAACAAGUAUAGCAAUCCAAAGGCGCAUAAGUGAUCUCCUUCCGGAGGAAACCGGUGAUCAAGUUUGCUCGAAAAAACCUCGUCUCGUGGAGGAGUCGCAACAGAAUAAGAAUGACAAUUCAAUAUUAAUGUCAGCAGAUUCGAAAAUAAAUCAAGGGAGUCAUAGUAAAAUUUUACCGCUCUCUUCAAACGAUUUUCCAGCUUUGUUUUCGUCAUCAGCUGAUCCCUCUUAUCGUGAAGAAGAACAACAUUUCAAUGCUAAGAAAGGGAAGAAUAUUGUUGAUAAGUAUAGAUUUCAGGAAUACCUCUAG